AUGAUCUGUUUAUCUUCUAUCAGGUGUUCUUUGGAGGAUUGGAUAGUGAAAGUGCUUUCCGACAUUGAUCUGUCAAGAAGUGCUCCUGUAGCAUUUUUUCUUGAAUUGGAAGAAGCUGCAAGGUCGUCAUUCUGUGAGUCUAGUCAUCAGGAGUCAGAUGUAAAUUUGGCUGGCAAUAGUAACAUUCCAUCAUAUCCAAUUUCUAGCCACUCAACUGUCUCUUCUAUUACGGGCACAUCUGCCAUAAUAUCGAGUUGUGGCGAUGAUUAUGCUUAUGAAACAUCUCAGAUUGGGACACCUAAGCAUUGGAAGGAUAAUUACUCGGAACUUGGCAUGGAAAAAGCAACACCUGACCAUGAUUUAGCUAGUCCAGCAGAAGCAACCAUAAAAGAAGGCUUGUCUGGAAAUGAUGAUGCUAAGCUCUCAAAGGAAUUCAUGCAAGGGAACCAAGAAAAAGAUUCGCAUAGCGAAUUGUUUCAUGGUAGAGUUAAAAGUGGUAUAGACAGGAGCGAGAUGUACAGAGAUACUUCAAAAGCAAUAUCUCUUCAUGAGUGCGGAAUGGAACUCUCCUCAGGAUCUGAAAAUCCCAUAAUAGUUAACCAUUGUUUGUCAAGAGAAAGCCCUGAGAAUGACAAAGGUUCGCCCACACCAGGUGAAACUCUAAAUUUGUGGGAGGCACAACAAAUUUGCAGUACUUCAUCUGACCUCUCUCGAAGUGCUGAAGCUUUCAGAACCAUGGAUAUGCUUGUCAGCUCAGCUUUACAGUUUUCACACGAGACUUUACUUGUUCUUCCAACAGAUGAACAACAGAAAAUGAACAGGCUUCUCACUACUAUGCAACAACGGGUAGCCACAUCAAAGGCAGAUAUGGAAGAUCUUAUAACAAGAUUAAAUCAAGAGCUUACUGUACGACAAUAUCUCACAACAAAGGUCAAAGAUCUUGAAAUUGAACUGAGAUCUACAAAGCAGAGUGGCAAAGAAAAUCUGGAGCAGGCUAUUCUAAUUGAAAGGGAAAGAUUUACUAAAAUGCAGUGGGAUACGGAGGAACUCAGAAGAAAGUGUUUGGAGAUAGAGUUGAAGUUGAAAGCUGAGCAGGACGAAAAAACUCAUCUUGAAUCAACAAGAACUUCAAUCAUUCAAGAGAAUGAAGCAUUGCGGCAAGAGUUAGAUAUUACCAAAGAGAAGCUUGAUAGCUUGCUGAAGCAUCAUGAAGAGUCCGACUUGAAAUCAAAAGCAGAUGUUAAACUUCUUGUCAGGGAGGUUAAAUCACUUCGAAGUUUUCACUUGGAAUUGAAGCAGGAGGUUGGCAGAUUGGCCAAAGAGAAAACUGAAUUUGAGAGGACACUACAGGAGGAAAGGCAAAAAUGGGAAUAUACAGAUACUGCCAAUGCAAAAUUGCUGUGUGAAUGUGACAUCCUUCGCAGUCGGCUUGAAGAAUGCAAUCCGAAUUUUCUCGCUGAGGAGGAAAAUAAACUGAAAAUGGAUACUUCGUGUAAAUCUGAGGCUGCCAAUCUGUUGGCUACAUCAGAUAAUCGUAUUGGUCUUCUUCUUGCAGAGGCACAGCUUCUUGCACAAGAUAAUUCUGGCACCAUCGCAAGUCCAGAUGGUGGCAAUAAGAGGACAAGAGAUGCUGAAUUGAGGAAGAUGUUGACAGACGUUUUAGUUGACAAUGCGAAAUUGAGGAAACAGGUUAACGCUAUAACUCUUGGCACUCUCAAGACGACAGACGGGCCUCCAGACAGCUCUGAAGCCCCUUCAAGAAAAACUGUUCUUGGCAAGUUCUUGUAA